GCUCACGUCAUAUGAUCUGCCGGCUCCUCUUCCCCUCAGUCAUAUCGCCCUCAAGAGUGCGAAGUACGACAGCGCUGUUCCGAGAGACAUCUCAGCGCUCAACUGCAAUACACGCUUCACACUCACUCUCACUGAACGAAAGCGGCAGCAACUCCGCAAAUAACCCGCAGAUGUCCAGCGAUUUAGACGCGAUGACUGGUGUGGAUCCGGAGACGAUUGGAGCGGCACCGUGAAGCAUUAUCGAGAACCUCUGGCACAGGAGGACUUCGCAAUUCCCGUUUUACUGGAAAGGGCUUGGAUUGGCUUAUGCAGCGUGGGGAAAGUCUGAAGACAUUUUCCAUUGCUUAUUUCUUUUAAAGUGUUAAGGGGAAAUGGCACAAAACCAAAUCUGAUAAAAAAAACUGAAAGGCCUGUUUAGUUAAAAAAUGGUUCUGUUCUUUCAGUUAGACUGCUGAUCUAAUAUUUUUUUCUCUGAUUUAAGGAUCUGGAUGAACUGCAAUCAGAUAUCUAGAACAUUAUUCCAGAAAGGCUUACCCAAGUUUUGAAAAAAAAAUUGGCAUUUGUUCAGACUGCUGAAAACUGGAUAGCUGUGAAGGUGUUAAAUUUGACAGUUUUUAAGGGGUGUCGGCAGAGCAGAUGUUGACGGGACCUGGUCUGGGGCUGUCCAAAGCGUUUCUUUUUAAAGAGGUGAGACCCCGGCACUCCGAGAUCUAUGAAGAGGGUUCCAAAACACUUGGCUGCAAGAUGUUACAUACAACUCGGGCCAGUGAUUCCGGGGCCCUCCAUCAGAUCUGUCUACAAGUCAUAGCAUUAUAGAUUCGACUCUUUUUGCUCGCAUCUGCAUCAAUAACUAGUGCCUGUCUGCGCGGCCGAAGAUAUCCUGGAUUUUUUCCCUGCUAGUGUGCUCCGACUUACUGCAGUAGUUGCUUUCAGGAGCCAUCACCCGCAGGUUACUAUGCAAUUUCAACUGAUUUCUGUGGUUCUAAUUUUAUUAAACUGCAUUGGCAGCCAAAACGCCUCCAGAGGAAGGCGCCACAGACGAAUGAAUACAGGUGUGAGCCAAAAUUGCCCAAAAGGGUGCGACCAAUGUUCUGAUUUUAAUGGAUGUCUGUCAUGUAAACCCAGACUUUUCUUUUCUCUGGAGAGAAAUGGGAUGAAGCAGACUGGAGUUUGUCUCUCUUCUUGUCCAAGUGGAUAUUAUGGAGUCCGAACACCAGAAAUGAACACAUGUGCACAAUGUACAGCUGACAACUGUGAUACCUGCUUCAACAAAAAUUUCUGCACAAAAUGCAAACCAGCAUUCUACUUGCAUAAAGGAAAAUGUUUUGAUAUCUGCCCUGAAGGGUUUGCCCCAAAUAAUCAGACAAUGGAAUGCACUACCACUGUGCAUUGUGAAGUGAGUGAGUGGAACGCAUGGGGUCCAUGUACAAAGCGAGGGAAGACGUGUGGUUUUCGCAAGGGCACUGAGACGAGGAGUCGGGACAUUCUGCAGAAACCAUCAGCACAUGGCAACCUCUGUCCAAAGACCACCGAGAGAAGGAAGUGCACAGUGCAGAAAAAGCGUUGCCCGCCAGGACAGAAAGGAAAUAAGGGUAAAGAGCUAAAGAAACCAGAGAAAGAAAUGACACAAGACAAACAAGGCAAAGGUAGCAGAAGAGGCAAAGAAAAUAAAAGAAAUAAAGAAGGACGAGUAAGGAAAGAAAGACCUGAAAACAAAAGGAGGAGGGGGCCGAAUAAGAAACAGGUCCACACAACCAUGAGCACUGUUCCAUAAACCUCACCUGGUUACUGAGAGAUUUCUGAUGCUGCUAUGUAUUAACAAGCUAACCUAUAGAGGUGCACUGUAUUAUGGAUCCAUCGCUGGACUCCUAUUUCUAAUCCAUAUUCCCGGUCUUUGUGGACAUGGCUAAUCAUUUCAAGGACUACAGUUGAAGCUGAAAGUGUAGAUAUACUUAAGUUUAUACAAUAUUAUCCAUAAUUAACCUCUGCCCUGCGAAAUAAAUUAGAACUCCAGAUGAUUAGCACAACAAAUAUCAUGACUAGCCCUUUAAGGGUUAAAAAAACAGCCAAUUAUGCUGAGAAAAACUAUUACAUUUAAAAGAGAUAAUCUUUAGCUUCUGCGCCGGAGGCUCCUCAUCAAAUGUGAUAUGCAGAUGUGCAUGUACUGGUUUCUGUAUAAAAUGACAACAGGAUACUGGUUUUUUUUCUUUUAAUUAUUAACAGAUUGCUGCCUUGUAAUAUAGAGGAAUGUAAUAAAUGUCAUUUGAAGCCCAGAAAACCAACUGUUACUUUUCUUUUAAAAUAUUGUUUUUAAGUUUCUGUUUAUGACCUCUGUAAGAAACAGUGGACACACCUAAGCAAGUGUCAUUGUUGUCAACAGAUGCCACUAAACUGCUUAAAAGCACCUGUAUUUCAAAUAAAAAAAUAUAUUUCCUGUACUGAGUCCUCAGAGUAUAUGUUCAUUAUGUGGAAUACUUUCUAUAUGUAGCAUUGCAGCAUAUAUUUUGGGGAUUUAUUAUUUAUUUACUAGUUUAUUGCAUGUGCUUUGGGAACAUGUAGAUGAACAAGUGUUCAUCAUGCUGAUCUAACUACAGUGGAUUCCAGUUAAUUGGGACACAUCAGGACCAAAUUUGGCCCAAUUAAGCAGCUGCCCCAAUUAGCCAAAGUUUCAUGAAAAGACCUAAUAAGGUAUAAAAAGACAAAUUACUGUUUAACUGAGUUAAAAAAUGUCUAACUGAAAUACAGAACAAAUUAGAACACUACAAAUACUACUGCAGUACUACAAAAUUAUGCAUUAGUUUGUAAUAGUUAUCGACGGAGGAAUUCAACUACUGUAUGCUGCCAGGUUCUUUUGUUUGCUGUAAGUUAAAAUAAAUCAUAGCAGGUAACUAGGGUAAUUUUUUUUUGGCUAAUGCCAAAUCUUUUCAGAGUGACCUGGCAAGGAUGUGAAGAUUUUUUGAAGUCAAAAAGAAAAUUUUUAAAAUUCCCUGCUUCUCGAAUGGGUGUUCAUAAGCCCAAAUAGAUAACAUAACCCAAGCACACACAAUUAAGCUGUUUACAAACUGUUUACUCUAAGGACGGUGUAGCAUCUAAUGGCCAGCACAAGAACAUGUGACUGACGUGCACUGUCUCCUGUCCCAAUUAGGCAACAUAGUACCCAAAUAAACAAAGGGAAUCCCAGCUAGUUUCUCAAUUAGUUUUUGAUCUAAUUGUCCCAAGUAAGUGGCUGCCCCAAUUAACCAAUCAUCUAAUUAAUCAGAAUCCACUGUAACGAUUCCCAGUGAGGAUUUUUAAAAGCCAAGUAGAAUGCACGU